CAAUACUACAUGUAGUAUUUGUAAGGCUGAAGUUUCGGUUGCCUUAGUGCAGUUUUCUAUUUUCAAAAGUUUGGCCAUGGCACUGAUAAUAAGAUCAGUUCUUCAUCUCCUAUUUAUUUCCUUGAUCAGUUUCGUGGUUCUUCAGCAGAAAAGUGAUGCUGAUCAAGAAGUACUAAUGCUUCAAAAACCACGAUUGAUUAAUUGCAAAUUUGAUAAAAUAUAUCAGUUAGGUGACUCACUUGCCGAUACAGGCAACUGUAUCAGAGAGAGGAUUUGUGGAGCUCAUACUCUAUGUGCAAGAUUUCCUUAUGGAAUGAAUUUUUUUCAGAAUGCAACCGGACGUUGUUCCAAUGGCAUGCUCAUGAUUGAUUUCAUAGCGCUGGAGUCUGGUCUUCCUCUCCUAAAUCCCAUCAAGGAUCAAAAUGCAGAUUUUAGACAUGGUGCAGAUUUUGCAGUAGCAGGAGCUACUGCUUUAUCAGUUGAAAUUCUGGAAAAUAUGAAGAUGGUUAAUCCAUCAACCAAUAGUUCAUUAAGUGUGCAACUUGAUUGGAUGUCUUCUCAUUUCGAAAACACCUUCUAUACUGAUUUCCGAGACAAAUUGAACAAGUCUCUUUUCCUAGUUGGAGGAAUAGGAGGAAAUGAAUUCAACUUUGCCUUAUCGCAAGGUAAAACGUUGGAAGAGUCGCGAACGAUAGUGCCAGAAGUUGUUGAGGCCAUCAUUCAUGGCGUUAGGAGGGUCAUUAGUUUGGGGGCUACUCGAAUUGUAGUUCCUGGCAAUUUUCCAGGUGGUUGUUUUCCAAUUAUCCUAACCAGAUUCAUUACGGAUAACUCAAGUGCUUACGAUGAGCACCGUUGCUUGAAAGAUUUCAAUAAUUUAAUAAUCUUCUUCAAUGAUCAUUUGCGGCAAGCCAUUCUAGACCUAAAGAAAGAGUACCCAACCAUUACACUCAUUUAUGGUGACUACUACAAUGCCUAUCUCUGGCUUUUACAAAAUGCCAUCAGUCUUGGAUUUGACAAAAACUCUCUACAGAAAGCUUGUUGUGGAAUAGGAGGAGAUUACAACUAUGACUUACAUAAUCAAUGUGGAGCUAUAGGAGUUCCAGUGUGCAUUGACCCGAGUACUUACAUCAGUUGGGAUGGAGCUCAUUUAACACAAGAAGCAUACAGUUGGUUGGCAAGAUGGCUAAUUGAUAAUAAUAUCUUACCCCAAUUGAACUGUCAAGCAUAAGUGUAUGAAUCGGAAAGCAUAUUUCUUUUCUAUUAUAUAGAAAAGGAAAGAUGGUCAACCAAGGGCAUAUAUGUCAUUUCGAAAAAAAUUAUUGUAUUAUUUGCAUUUCUUAAAUGCAUAUUGUGUCAUCCUUGAUAUACGUGGAACCCACAUUCCCUUGACCA